UAUAGUAAUAUCAUUUGUAAGCCUUGCAUCAGUCCCUGAUAAUGCCCUCCCCCUCUCUACACCUGUAGAAAGUUCAGACCCAAUUGUACCAACCUUAAUGGACCUCUCUCAUCUGGAUAUUGAUAUGGCCAGUACUACCCCCUCUGAAACAAGCAACACACACAUUGGACAGUCCAGAGCCAAUAGAUACAAACAGCACUCUCAUGAGUAA